AUGGCAAGUAUUAUCAAGAAUCAGAUUAUCAAGCAUCUUUCAAAAUUUGUUCGGAAUAUUACAGCUGAUCAAAUUAGCGUGCAGAUUUUGAGUGGUAAAGGAGAACUAAAAAACAUCGAGUUGAACGAAAUUGUUUUAAGUGAAGUACUUGAAUUACCAACAUGGUUACGAGUUAAGCGGGCAGUUUGCAAUAGAAUAGCUGUUAAAGUUCCGUGGACGAAGUUAAAAUCACAACCAGUUCAACUAUUUAUUGAUGAAAUACGGGUAGAAGUCGAACUUAGCUCAGAAGAAUUCGUUGGCUGUGACUCAAACCCUUUGAGUGCCUCUGGAGAUUCAACAUAUGGAUUUGCUAAUCGAGUUGCGGAAUCGAUGUCACUUUAUGUUAAUUCGGUGGAGAUUAAUUUUGAUUCUGGUGUUUUUAGAGGUUCUCUGGCGCUCUCGAGAUUAGCGGUUGAAAGCAAGAGUCCAGGCUGGCAAACAGUCAGUGAUUUGCGAUAUACUCGAAUUGUAGAUACAACUACCGGCAAAUUGCUUAUAUUUAAAAUGGUUACUUGGCAAUUAUUGCGUAUCGAAGCGUCCGCACAAGCUAAUUCAUCACGAAAUGCGAUAAAUGCUCCGUUACGAUUAAUUACCAGCACUGGGAAGAGUAGAAUUAGUGUGAAAAAGUCCACUAUUGAUGGUACCGUUCUUGGUGGUCGCAUACAGGUAAUACUUGACGAUAUUUUGUGGAUUGCUACUUUACCGCAGGUACGGUCUGCUAUCACAUUUUACGAUCACAUCAUGAAAAUAAUCAAAGCAGCUCCUAAGAAAGUACCGACGUUAUACCACACAGAGCCUGUCGAAAUGAAACUGCCAGUGAUCAAAUCGCCAUCUUCGGUUCCGGUCUCAGCUAUAUUUCGCAAUUUCGAUUUUGAGCGAACGUCGUAUCAUGUUUAUGUUGGCAAAAUUGAUCUUCAUCUCUGUGAUGAUAAUCAGACCUCAGAUGGUUAUCCUGAAGAUUGGGACAUUAUUUGUGGUGCACUACAAGUAACUUUACUGCGCCUAUCCGUUGAUUUCUAUCCAGCUAAUAGCGCUGUAUCUGAUCGCAGUGACUGGAUUCGAUAUGAUAAUGCAAAUCAUUGUGCUGCCUGGGUCCACAAAAUAUUACAGUUCCACUUGCGAAAGCUUUGCACUGAAUUGGAUGUCACUGCACAGUCUCAAGUAGUUGAUAUGUGGCCAAUGUUAAUGUCUCAAAAUUGCGUUAUACGAAUGUAUGAUAUUAUUGUCCAAUGUGUGACGGAUAUGAAUUCCAAAAAAGAAGCACUGUUUAAUCUGUUCAUGUCAGAUCGUAAAUUAAACACUACAGCAAGAGACAAUAGUUCUCUUUUCCAUCUCGAAUUUACGUCUUUUUAUCACCCGACAUCUGAAAAUUUUCCAGUGCCAUCAAACAUCACACAUCUUUUGCUCGGUCCAUUUUUUUUCGUCGUCGAUCAAAGAACGAUUCGGUGGCUCUUGUUUAUAAUCGAUGACAUUAAAUAUGCUUUGCAAAUCUCUAACGCAGUGCCUGAAGUCACAAAAAUACCCAGAACUUAUCUGCGCAUCAAUCUGCUUAUGCCCAAGAUAAUAAUACCGUUAAAAGACCCGUUUGUAUCGGAUUUGCGUUUCGCACGCAGAAUUGUGAUAAGCAUGAACACUUUGCUGGCUACCAAUUGCGAAGCAGUUUCCGGCGGGAGAUCAAAUUCGUUUUUCAAGACAAUUUCAGCUAAUAUAAUCGAUUUCAUCAAUUGUAUUGAUCUGUUGGUUAGCAAAGAGAAGUUGAAAGAAUUCAUCUUUCAGCUGAAUCAAAAUUCGUGUGAGGAUGUAAUUCAAGCUGAGCGGAUUUGGAUAAAUACAUCACCAAUUCGGAUAACUACAGAUUUUGCAGAAGAAAUAUCGAGUACACCUUUGCUUGCUGAUGUUGCUUUUCAUGCACUUCUUAUUGUAAAACCAAUGAAGGUAAGCAUGGCACUGCAACCGUUGUCGAAGAUUCGGGUCGCAGUUAAUCAUUUUCAGUUUCUUCAAAUCAUGCAUCUGAUUUCUUAUAUAUCAGCUUUUGUGGAUCAACUUGUCAGUGACCGGAAAUUUUUCUGUGCUAACCGUAACAAUGGAAAUGAUACAGCAGUUGAAAUGAUUUGUUUCCUAGAUGAGGCUGAACUUAAUAUUAUACUGCCAAAUCAGCCAAUUCCAACUCCGUACGAUCUUCAGGAAACAAUACCACAAUCACCAGCAAUAUCUUCAAAUGGCUAG